AUGUAUCCAUUACAGAGAUAUGUUCAAUCCCUAUCACCUGGGACAUACAAAAGGGUAAAUCUUCUCGAAAGAUUGCUAUGUCAGGCCUCCACUUUCCCAGAAUCGGUGCCACACUGCCAAAAUUUACGCAACAUUAGCUUCCACCCAGAUGAUGCUAUUGGACGUAUGCAACGAGUAUAUGGAAGACCUAUAUUAUCAUCGACUCAACAGGUUCGGAAACUAGCAGCCAUUGAAUCGGUGGCUUUCAAGCUGGCAACUUGGAGCAAUGAAGCCGGAGUACCGCCUCCUCCCCGCUCCGCCAACUAUAGCAAGAUCAGCUUUACGCACUCUGCAAUGAGGACCUGGGACCUUUGCCGUAUAAUUGAAUCCGCCAAGACUUUGAAAAGUUUUACUUCCACUGUUGGGGGUCGUGCUUAUGGAGGCAUACCCUUUUCAUGCGUAACUCCGAUACUCGAGUCGCUUUGGAUGCAUCGCCAAACCCUAGAAGAACUCAAUUUGGAUAUAGAGGGCCAUUCACCUCGACGGGAACUCUAUCACGAGGAAUAUCAACCUAGUGAAGAGUUUCUUGAAGGAAUGACCGAGGACGAGCAGAAGGAAUAUAAGGAGCAAUGGGCCGACGAGCUGCAUGAGAUAGCUGCCCCAGAGACCGCACCGCAGCGCGUGUCCUUGAAAGACUUUCCACAACUCAAGCAUCUUAGUAUUGGAGCUCAUACACUAUGCUGUCUAGCUUGUGGCACGGGAGAUGGCAAGGGCCGUAUUGACUCAAAAUAUUUCAGUCUGGUUGAUCAUCUCCCAUUUACCCUGGAGUCUCUCCGGAUUUACGGGCGCGGACAAGCCGUGGAUGAUCCCUAUCUAGAGUACGAAUCUGAUCUGGAUGUUGAUACCCAAAUUGAGCAACUCGCGCGCGAGAAGGACGCAAAACUGCCAGGACCGAAGAUGCUUGAAGGCGUUGAUCCUCGUAUUCCAAAUGAAUUCACUGUGAAGUAUUGGAAGGAUGAAGAUGACCCAGAACUUUUCUGGAGAGACCCAGACGACAACAGAUUUGAUGAUAUUGAUGAUGACCUUUGA